GUUGCCAGAUGCGCGCGCCGGGCGGGGCAGUGUUGCGUCGGGUUCUGCUGGCGCGGAGACGCGCCUCUUUUCCUCCCAGCCCUUCACCGUUCCGCGCUCGGUGGAGAGUCACGCCUCCUCUCCCAGGCCGCACCACCCAGAGCCCUCCGUGCCCUCAAGCCCCGCCCCUUACGGAAGCCGAGGCGGAGGGUCAGAAUCCGGAAGGAAAACAAUCGAGCGAGAGUAAGCUAGCCGGGACCUGCUGCCGGAGGGAGGUGGAUCGGGCCAGGAGCGGCGGGGGCGGGGAGGCGCGAGCCGGCCGGGCAGCGGCGUGGGGACGAUGGCGGCCUUGAACCCACGGAAGCCGACUGAACCGAGAGGCAAGACGCUCAGCUUUUCCUAAUGUCAGCAGCACCAGUGCCACCAGCUGUGGGCAGCUGUGGGCCUGCAUGGAGGAGCCAAAACGGGGUGGAAAUUUCCUGCUUCAGGAACAAAGUGAGGAGGAAGGGCUUGUGGUUCAGUGCCCCUGUUCCCAUUACCAGCAUACAUGUGGUGACGUGGAACGUGGCCUCUGCAGCACCUCCUCUAGACCUCGGGGAUCUUCUUCAGCUGAACAAAGACAACCUGAAUCUGGACAUGUAUGUCAUUGGUUUGCAGGAAAUGAACUGUGGGAUCAUGAGCCUCCUUUCUGACACUGCCUUUGAAGACCCAUGGAGCAGUUUCUUCAUGGAUGUGCUUUCCCCUCUGAGCUUCGUCAAGGUCUCCAGUGUCCGCAUGCAGGGGCUCCUCUUGCUGUUCUUUGCCAAGCAUCAGCAUUUGCCCUUUGUCCAGAUCCUCUCUACUAAAUCCACCCCUACUGGCCUCUUCGGGUACUGGGGGAACAAAGGGGGCGUCACCAUAUGCCUGAAGCUUUAUGGCUACUAUGUCAGCAUCAUCAACUGCCACCUGCCUCCCCACAUGGCCAACAAUGACCAGCGGCUGGAGCACUUUGACCGGAUCCUGGAGAUGCAAAAUUUUGAGGGACAAGAUAUCCCCAACAUCCUGGAGCAUGACUUCAUUCUUUGGUUUGGAGAUAUGAACUUUCGGAUCGAUGACUUUGGGCUGCAUUUUGUCCGGGAAUCCAUAAAAAAUCGGUGCUACAGUGAUCUGUGGGAGAAGGAUCAGCUCAGCAUUGCCAAGAGACACGAUCCACUGCUCCGGGAGUUCCAGGAGGGCCCGCUGCUCUUCCCACCCACCUACAAGUUUGAUAAGAACUCCAACAACUAUGACACCAGUGAGAAAAAACGCAAGCCUGCAUGGACCGACCGCAUCCUGUGGAGGUUGAAGCGGCAGCCCCAGGCCAACCCCCCCACCCAGAGGCUGCCAGCCCCCCACUUCUGCCUGUCUCUGAGGAGCUAUGUCAGCCACAUGAUGUACUGCAUCAGUGACCAUAAGCCGGUCACCAGCACCUUUGACUUGGAGCUGAAGCCAUUGGCGUCUGCCCCACUGAUCACUCUGAUACCUGAGGGGCUGUGGACCAUGGAGAAUGACAUGUUGAUCAGCUACUCCUUGACCCCAGACUUUCUCAGCAGCCCCUGGGACUGGAUUGGACUAUACAAGGUGGGCCUGCGCCACAUUAAUGACUACGUGUCCUAUGUCUGGGUCAGGGACAACCAGGUCUCCUUCAGCGAUGGGCUGAGCCAGGUAUACUUCAAUACCAGCAAUAUCCCUGAGACCGAGGACCAGUUUCUCCUCUGUUACUAUAGCAACAGUCUGCAUUCUGUGGUGGGGAUAAGCAAACCCUUCAAGAUCCAGCCUGGCUCCUUGGCGGAGGACCCACUGGGGGAAGCCCAGCCACACCUCUGAGCCCGGAUGAGAGUGGAUCCAGGGUGGAGGCCAGAGAUGGUCUGCCCACACCGCCCGCAGUGCUGGGGGCCCAGCCCAGCCCCCGGAGGAGGCGGCAGGUAUCUUCCGUCUCCCUGGGGAGCUCUAGCCACACUCCUUUGCUCUUUCCGGUCCAGAUCUCUAGAAUUGGCCACCUAAAUACAGGUUUUUGUUGCUGAGAUAUGAGUGAAACCAGCUAGUUUGUCAACAGUGAAGACCUGGGACAGUCCACUGGAUGUGGGAAGGACCCUCCAGCUUGUAUCUUGUUUCUUGAUUUUCCCCACACGCACUCCCAGUCCCGCCCAAGCAGGCCUGCCAGGCACAUGCCCCAUCUGGCACAGGCCUGCAUUCUUGUCACGCCAUCCUGGGCCUCAGGCUGCCUGGGAGGGGGGAGAAGCUUGCAUCUGCACAGGCCCCAUAGGCUGGUUGGCACAAGCAGCCCUGGGUUCCAGGAGUCUUGGCAUCUCGUUGCCUGUCCCCCUGGGGGAAGGGCAGAAGGUUUGGGAUCCCUGCUUGUAGCAAAAGCCGUUAGACUAAGUGGGCAGGAUGGAGGGGUCCCUCUACCCAGGCUCUUAUGUAGGCCCUGUGGGCAGGAUGAUGAGUGUCCUGCCAGCACCCCUACCCCCAUGGAGUCUGACCCAGGAAGUUCCAGGGCUGGUGGGUCAGGCUCCGUGCCCUAACCUGCCCUCUUGUGAAGGUUUGGCAGGUGGUAGAGGAACUGUGGCCACAGACUUUUCCAGGGCGGUUCUUGCCCGGUCAAGCUCAUCUGCUCCUGCCCUUGCCUACAGUCACUGGCCAGAAACCUGUCCUCCCUCUAGACUGCCCUAGCACCUAGAAGUGGAGGCAGGCAGAGAAGAGAGCCAGAAUCUAGACAUUUUGGAGAAUCUGGCCUUGAGGGUCUUCAGAGAACAUUCUCUAGGUGCUGUGUGGGCACUCAGUCCCACUCCCGCCACUUGCCUCCAGCCCCUGGUGAUUCAACGGCCCUUCUCCCAGGAGAAGACACCUCAGGGAACCUGCUCUGUGAUUGUCAUGCCCAUCCUAUGACCUGAGACUGAGGGACACUCCAGUCACUCUGUGAUCCAUACUCCACCCUGGGAGCCGUGUGUACCAUCAAGAACUGCCCCCCUGGCUUCUAGUGGCCCGUGGCUGUGUUCUAUGUCUAUUGUAUUGGGGGGGGGAUAAUUAGAAACAUGGCUUUUACACUUG